GAGGAAGGAGCGGGCCGUUGCAUGGGGGACUCUGAACGCCGAUUUUGUGGCAGAACGCAAGCGGCCUCCCAAUCUCCACACUGUGAGAGGUGGGGCUGCACCAGCUUGGGGGGCGCUUUCGCGCCGGUUUUUCACUAGUUCCCGGAUAUCCAGACCAGGAAUUUCUGCUCUCUCACCUGAAGUAGAAAACCACCCCCAACUCUUUAUCUUUCCCUGACUGCAGGAGCCCCUUUUAUUGACAAUUGGGUCUUUGCACGGGGCCUCCUGCUAAUUCCUGGUAAAAACAAAGGCAGAAGAUGGUGAUGCACCCUCUGAUACACCAUCCCCAGGAUGCGGUGACCUUUACCGAUGUGGCCAUCAACUUCACCCCAGAGGAGUGGACCUGCCUGGCUGCAUAUCAGAGAAAGCUCUACAGGGACGUGAUGCUGGAGACCUACGAACAUCUGCGGGCCGUCGGGCAUUCUGGGGUCAAGCCUGCCGUGAUCUCCUGGCUGGAAGGAGGAGCCCUGAGGUUGGGGAGGAGAGGCGUGUGUGCAGAACUCAAUCCACAACUUCAGGAUUUGGCAUUGCAGCAAUUUGUUUUGGGAAUGGGAUCACCGAAUUUGAGGGAGCUGGGAAGCAGCCAGCCCCCGUGGACUAUCUCUGAUCCUGUGCACUGUGACAAAGUCUCGAGUGAGCAAUCGUGCCUUCAGCCCCAUGGGGAUGCUGAAACAGGCGGGAUGUCUUGUGAGGGUGACCAGAGUGGAGAGAGCGACCUCACUCUGAAGAAGCCCUCCCCUGGGAAAAGCUACUCUGAGAGUGUUGCACUCAGUCCACGGACACAGCCCCCCCUGGGGGGGCAGCCCCUAGUCAGUGGGACAGGAGCAUUGUUUAUAGCGAGUCCCUCAUGCCAACAGGCCCACAGGCAAAAUCACCAUGAACAGAACCCAUCUAAGUGUAGGGAAUGUGGGGGAGCCUCCCCGUGUUCUUGGCACCAUGGUGUUCCCUUAGAAAACCACAGACACAAAAAUCCCCAGGAAUGUCAGCAGCAAGGACAAACUCUGAGUCAAGUGUCGCCUCAGUGUGACUAUCUGAACCUCCACACAGGAGAGAAACUGUACACAUGCAAAGAAUGUGGGAAGGCCUUUGAUCAAUAUAAACACCUUAUUAUACAUAUUAGAAUUCAUAAUGGAGACAAACAUUAUGCAUGCGAGGAAUGUGGGAAGGCCUUUUAUAAACGCUCAAGUCUAAGGCUGCACAGGAAAAUUCAUAGUGGAGAGAAACUUUACCUGUGUGAGGAAUGCGGGAAGGCCUUUACCCUAUCCUCACAUCUUAGGAAGCACAGGAAAAUUCAUACGGGAGAGAAACCUUACUCAUGUCAGCACUGUGGGAAGGCCUUCACUUUCUGCUCAAACCUCUCUCGGCAUAAGAAACUUCACACUGGAGAGAAACCGUAUAUGUGUAAGCAGUGUGGGAAGGCCUUUGCUUAUCCUUCGAGCCUUUGCUAUCACAGGAAAAUUCAUGCUGGAGAAUGGGAGAAUGCCUUACUUCACUUCUCAGGGCUCUCUGCACAUAGGAGAAUUCGUACAGGAACGAAACCUUACUCAUGUCAGGAGUGUGGGAAGGUCUUCAGCGAUUCCUCUAGGCUUACGAGGCAUGUGAGAAUGCAUACUGGAGAGAAGCCUUUUGUAUGUCAGGAGUGUGGGAAGGCCUUUAGUAGAGCCUCAAGACUUACCAUCCAUCAGAGGAUCCACACUGGAGAGAAACCGUAUAUAUGUAAGGAUUGUGGGAAGGCCUACAUUAGCAAAUCCAGCCUUCACAAGCAUAGGAUAUUUCAUAAUGGAGAGAAACUUUUUGUAUGUGAGGAAUGUGGGAAGGCAUAUUGUCGUUCCUCAAGCUUUCAUAGUCAUAGAAAAACUCAUACCGGAGAGAAACCUGUUCAGUGUGAGACGUGUGGGAAGGCCUUCAGCCUGCCCUCUAGCCUUACUAGGCAUAUGAAAAUUCAUACUGGAGAGAGGCCUUAUGUAUGUAAGGAAUGUGGGAAGACCUUCAUUUAUGCCUUAAACAUUACUAGGCAUAUGAAAGUGCAUACUGGGGAGAAACCUUACGUUUGUCAGGAAUGUGGCAAGGCCUUCUCUCAUUCUGCAUACCUUAAUAAGCACAGAAAAAUUCAUAGCGGAGUGAAGCCUCAUCAAUGUCAGACUUGUGGGAAGGCGUUCAUUCGGCUCUCUGGCCUCACUAGGCAUAUAAGAAUUCACACCGGAGAGAAACCUUAUAUAUGUAAGGAAUGUGGAAAGGCCUUCAUUGAAUCCAUAGCUGUGACUAGGCAUAUGAAAACUCAUAUUGGAGUGAAAGCUUAUGUGUGUAAAGAAUGUGGAAAGGCCUUUGUGUUUCCCUCAAGCCUUAGAAAACAUAGUAAAAUUCAUACUGGAUGAAUUGGUCCCCGAAUAACAGGACAGGCUCUGUCAGUGAAAUGUUUCAUUUGGACCAAGGGAGUUAGGGAUGGUAUAAAGUGCAGCCAGGAAGGAAACCUGGGUAGCAUUUAAGAAGCUUCCUAUGAUGCCAGUCCUAUAAGGGAAAAGUAAACAUUCUGAUUGUCAUCCAGGUCACAGCUAUGCCAGUAUCACAGCAUUUAGACUUCACAUGUAUGUUAAAUUGUAAAUAAUGGGUCUUGGUGAUGGAAGCCAGGAGGAAGGUGACUAAAUAACUAAAUAAAAAGGUACAAAACCGCCCCUCCCUCAGGCUAUAAAGGCUCACCACAGUCUCAUUUUUUGCCAUGAUUCUAGCUUUGCUCAGAAACUGUGUUUGUGGGGGGUUUAUGGCAGAGAUCAACCAUAAUGCUGCAAUGAAUCCUUUGAAAUUGGAAAAAACAGGGGCUGGAGCGAUAGCACAGCAGGUAGGGUGUUUGCCUUGCACGCAGCUGACCCGGGUUCUAUUCUCAGCAUCCCAUGUGGUCCCCCGAGUACCGCCAGGAGUAAUUCCUUAAUUCCUGAAUGCAGAGCCAGGAAUAAUCCCUGAGCAUCGGCGGGUGCGACCCGAAAAGAAAAAAAAAAAUUGGAAAAAACAGCCAAAUUCCCAUUUUUCAGGCCUUCCUGUGUUAAGUUUCAGGGAGACACCCAGCUCUGCUAACCUUAAGUUGGCUGACUCGGGAAUCUUAUGAAGUACUGUGGUUGGAGUCCAGGUCUGCCGUGUGCAAGCACGCACCUUACUAAAAGCCGCAGCAUCUCUGCACUCCUUGUGUUCACAUUUCCAUUAGAGUUACACAAACAUUAAGGAUAAAUAUUUUGGAAAGUAUCAUCUUUAGAAAAUGGCUAGGGCAAGGUUUUUUGAUGGGGUGGGUUGCAGUCCAAGUUUAAAUGGACUUUCUUGUGCAUCGUAAGAUGAAUGCCAGUUGUUGGAAAGUAUGGAAGGGGCCCCUGGAAACAUGUUUUUAAAGUGGUGGGAUUAUCAGGGAGACCACAAACUUCCCCCAUCUCAGCAGGCAAUUCCAUUUAGCUGCUGACUGACCAAUAUAAUGGUGGUCACAUUCCUGGAUCCCAGACCCCUCAUUACAGUAGUAUUAGGAGAAACCAAACAUUUGCAUUUGGAAGAGUAAAAUCUCAACAAUCUAGUAGUCACCAGAAUGAUAACUAUUUAGAUCUGUUCGAAAGGCCACGCAAGGUGCAGGAUUACCAGUAUGUUGUGCUCCUCUGCUCCAUGUGUGCCUCCAUUCUAAGGAUUUGUCCAUACAUAGGGUCUUAAUUUGAAUUCAGGAAGCUUUUGUGACAGUGCUCAGGUGAUCCAACCCAGGUGGACUGCAUGCAAGAUAAGAGCACAAACCCUGUACUGUCCCUCAGGGCCCAUACUCUGGGUUUGAAAUUGUCUUUCUGAAACUGC